AUGCAACAUCAAGCAGCAUGUGUGCAGCAAGCAGCAUGUGUGCAGCAAGCAGCAUGUGUGCAGCAAGCAGCAUGUGUGCAGCAAGCAGCAUGUGUGCAGCAAGCAGCAUGUGUGCAGCAAGCAGCAUGUGUGCAGCAAGCAGCAUGUGUGCAGCAAGCAGCAUGUGUGCAGCAAGCAGCAUGUGUGCAGCAAGCAGCAUGUGUGCAGCAAGCAGCAUGUGUGCAGCAAGCAGCAUGUGUGCAGCAAGCAGCAUGUGUGCAGCAAGCAGCAUGUGUGCAGCAAGCAGCAUGUGUGCAGCAAGCAGCAUGUGUGCAGCAAGCAGCAUGUGUGCAGCAAGCAGCAUGUGUGCAGCAAGCAGCAUGUGUGCAGCAAGCAGCAUGUGUGCAGCAAGCAGCAUGUGUGCAGCAAGCAGCAUGUGUGCAGCAAGCAGCAUGUGUGCAGCAAGCAGCAUGUGUGCAGCAAGCAGCAUGUGUGCAGCAAGCAGCAUGUGUGCAGCAAGCAGCAUGUGUGCAGCAAGCAGCAUGUGUGCAGCAAGCAGCAUGUGUGCAGCAAGCAGCAUGUGUGCAGCAAGCAGCAUGUGUGCAGCAAGCAGCAUGUGUGCAGCAAGCAGCAUGUGUGCAGCAAGCAGCAUGUGUGCAGCAAGCAGCAUGUGUGCAGCAAGCAGCAUGUGUGCAGCAAGCAGCAUGUGUGCAGCAAGCAGCAUGUGUGCAGCAAGCAGCAUGUGUGCAGCAAGCAGCAUGUGUGCAGCAAGCAGCAUGUGUGCAGCAAGCAGCAUGUGUGCAGCAAGCAGCAUGUGUGCAGCAAGCAGCAUGUGUGCAGCAAGCAGCAUGUGUGCAGCAAGCAGCAUGUGUGCAGCAAGCAGCAUGUGUGCAGCAAGCAGCAUGUGUGCAGCAAGCAGCAUGUGUGCAGCAAGCAGCAUGUGUGCAGCAAGCAGCAUGUGUGCAGCAAGCAGCAUGUGUGCAGCAAGCAGCAUGUGUGCAGCAAGCAGCAUGUGUGCAGCAAGCAGCAUGUGUGCAGCAAGCAGCAUGUGUGCAGCAAGCAGCAUGUGUGCAGCAAGCAGCAUGUGUGCAGCAAGCAGCAUGUGUGCAGCAAGCAGCAUGUGUGCAGCAAGCAGCAUGUGUGCAGCAAGCAGCAUGUGUGCAGCAAGCAGCAUGUGUGCAGCAAGCAGCAUGUGUGCAGCAAGCAGCAUGUGUGCAGCAAGCAGCAUGUGUGCAGCAAGCAGCAUGUGUGCAGCAAGCAGCAUGUGUGCAGCAAGCAGCAUGUGUGCAGCAAGCAGCAUGUGUGCAGCAAGCAGCAUGUGUGCAGCAAGCAGCAUGUGUGCAGCAAGCAGCAUGUGUGCAGCAAGCAGCAUGUGUGCAGCAAGCAGCAUGUGUGCAGCAAGCAGCAUGUGUGCAGCAAGCAGCAUGUGUGCAGCAAGCAGCAUGUGUGCAGCAAGCAGCAUGUGUGCAGCAAGCAGCAUGUGUGCAGCAAGCAGCAUGUGUGCAGCAAGCAGCAUGUGUGCAGCAAGCAGCAUGUGUGCAGCAAGCAGCAUGUGUGCAGCAAGCAGCAUGUGUGCAGCAAGCAGCAUGUGUGCAGCAAGCAGCAUGUGUGCAGCAAGCAGCAUGUGUGCAGCAAGCAGCAUGUGUGCAGCAAGCAGCAUGUGUGCAGCAAGCAGCAUGUGUGCAGCAAGCAGCAUGUGUGCAGCAAGCAGCAUGUGUGCAGCAAGCAGCAUGUGUGCAGCAAGCAGCAUGUGUGCAGCAAGCAGCAUGUGUGCAGCAAGCAGCAUGUGUGCAGCAAGCAGCAUGUGUGCAGCAAGCAGCAUGUGUGCAGCAAGCAGCAUGUGUGCAGCAAGCAGCAUGUGUGCAGCAAGCAGCAUGUGUGCAGCAAGCAGCAUGUGUGCAGCAAGCAGCAUGUGUGCAGCAAGCAGCAUGUGUGCAGCAAGCAGCAUGUGUGCAGCAAGCAGCAUGUGUGCAGCAAGCAGCAUGUGUGCAGCAAGCAGCAUGUGUGCAGCAAGCAGCAUGUGUGCAGCAAGCAGCAUGUGUGCAGCAAGCAGCAUGUGUGCAGCAAGCAGCAUGUGUGCAGCAAGCAGCAUGUGUGCAGCAAGCAGCAUGUGUGCAGCAAGCAGCAUGUGUGCAGCAAGCAGCAUGUGUGCAGCAAGCAGCAUGUGUGCAGCAAGCAGCAUGUGUGCAGCAAGCAGCAUGUGUGCAGCAAGCAGCAUGUGUGCAGCAAGCAGCAUGUGUGCAGCAAGCAGCAUGUGUGCAGCAAGCAGCAUGUGUGCAGCAAGCAGCAUGUGUGCAGCAAGCAGCAUGUGUGCAGCAAGCAGCAUGUGUGCAGCAAGCAGCAUGUGUGCAGCAAGCAGCAUGUGUGCAGCAAGCAGCAUGUGUGCAGCAAGCAGCAUGUGUGCAGCAAGCAGCAUGUGUGCAGCAAGCAGCAUGUGUGCAGCAAGCAGCAUGUGUGCAGCAAGCAGCAUGUGUGCAGCAAGCAGCAUGUGUGCAGCAAGCAGCAUGUGUGCAGCAAGCAGCAUGUGUGCAGCAAGCAGCAUGUGUGCAGCAAGCAGCAUGUGUGCAGCAAGCAGCAUGUGUGCAGCAAGCAGCAUGUGUGCAGCAAGCAGCAUGUGUGCAGCAAGCAGCAUGUGUGCAGCAAGCAGCAUGUGUGCAGCAAGCAGCAUGUGUGCAGCAAGCAGCAUGUGUGCAGCAAGCAGCAUGUGUGCAGCAAGCAGCAUGUGUGCAGCAAGCAGCAUGUGUGCAGCAAGCAGCAUGUGUGCAGCAAGCAGCAUGUGUGCAGCAAGCAGCAUCAUGUGUGCAGCAAGCAGCAUGUGUGCAGCAAGCAGCAUGUGUGCAGCAAGCAGCAUGUGUGCAGCAAGCAGCAUGUGUGCAGCAAGCAGCAUGUGUGCAGCAAGCAGCAUGUGUGCAGCAAGCAGCAUGUGUGCAGCAAGCAGCAUGUGUGCAGCAAGCAGCAUGUGUGCAGCAAGCAGCAUGUGUGCAGCAAGCAGCAUGUGUGCAGCAAGCAGCAUGUGUGCAGCAAGCAGCAUGUGUGCAGCAAGCAGCAUGUGUGCAGCAAGCAGCAUGUGUGCAGCAAGCAGCAUGUGUGCAGCAAGCAGCAUGUGUGCAGCAAGCAGCAUGUGUGCAGCAAGCAGCAUGUGUGCAGCAAGCAGCAUGUGUGCAGCAAGCAGCAUGUGUGCAGCAAGCAGCAUGUGUGCAGCAAGCAGCAUGUGUGCAGCAAGCAGCAUGUGUGCAGCAAGCAGCAUGUGUGCAGCAAGCAGCAUGUGUGCAGCAAGCAGCAUGUGUGCAGCAAGCAGCAUGUGUGCAGCAAGCAGCAUGUGUGCAGCAAGCAGCAUGUGUGCAGCAAGCAGCAUGUGUGCAGCAAGCAGCAUGUGUGCAGCAAGCAGCAUGUGUGCAGCAAGCAGCAUGUGUGCAGCAAGCAGCAUGUGUGCAGCAAGCAGCAUGUGUGCAGCAAGCAGCAUGUGUGCAGCAAGCAGCAUGUGUGCAGCAAGCAGCAUGUGUGCAGCAAGCAGCAUGUGUGCAGCAAGCAGCAUGUGUGCAGCAAGCAGCAUGUGUGCAGCAAGCAGCAUGUGUGCAGCAAGCAGCAUGUGUGCAGCAAGCAGCAUGUGUGCAGCAAGCAGCAUGUGUGCAGCAAGCAGCAUGUGUGCAGCAAGCAGCAUGUGUGCAGCAAGCAGCAUGUGUGCAGCAAGCAGCAUGUGUGCAGCAAGCAGCAUGUGUGCAGCAAGCAGCAUGUGUGCAGCAAGCAGCAUGUGUGCAGCAAGCAGCAUGUGUGCAGCAAGCAGCAUGUGUGCAGCAAGCAGCAUGUGUGCAGCAAGCAGCAUGUGUGCAGCAAGCAGCAUGUGUGCAGCAAGCAGCAUGUGUGCAGCAAGCAGCAUGUGUGCAGCAAGCAGCAUGUGUGCAGCAAGCAGCAUGUGUGCAGCAAGCAGCAUGUGUGCAGCAAGCAGCAUGUGUGCAGCAAGCAGCAUGUGUGCAGCAAGCAGCAUGUGUGCAGCAAGCAGCAUGUGUGCAGCAAGCAGCAUGUGUGCAGCAAGCAGCAUGUGUGCAGCAAGCAGCAUGUGUGCAGCAAGCAGCAUGUGUGCAGCAAGCAGCAUGUGUGCAGCAAGCAGCAUGUGUGCAGCAAGCAGCAUGUGUGCAGCAAGCAGCAUGUGUGCAGCAAGCAGCAUGUGUGCAGCAAGCAGCAUGUGUGCAGCAAGCAGCAUGUGUGCAGCAAGCAGCAUGUGUGCAGCAAGCAGCAUGUGUGCAGCAAGCAGCAUGUGUGCAGCAAGCAGCAUGUGUGCAGCAAGCAGCAUGUGUGCAGCAAGCAGCAUGUGUGCAGCAAGCAGCAUGUGUGCAGCAAGCAGCAUGUGUGCAGCAAGCAGCAUGUGUGCAGCAAGCAGCAUGUGUGCAGCAAGCAGCAUGUGUGCAGCAAGCAGCAUGUGUGCAGCAAGCAGCAUGUGUGCAGCAAGCAGCAUGUGUGCAGCAAGCAGCAUGUGUGCAGCAAGCAGCAUGUGUGCAGCAAGCAGCAUGUGUGCAGCAAGCAGCAUGUGUGCAGCAAGCAGCAUGUGUGCAGCAAGCAGCAUGUGUGCAGCAAGCAGCAUGUGUGCAGCAAGCAGCAUGUGUGCAGCAAGCAGCAUGUGUGCAGCAAGCAGCAUGUGUGCAGCAAGCAGCAUGUGUGCAGCAAGCAGCAUGUGUGCAGCAAGCAGCAUGUGUGCAGCAAGCAGCAUGUGUGCAGCAAGCAGCAUGUGUGCAGCAAGCAGCAUGUGUGCAGCAAGCAGCAUGUGUGCAGCAAGCAGCAUGUGUGCAGCAAGCAGCAUGUGUGCAGCAAGCAGCAUGUGUGCAGCAAGCAGCAUGUGUGCAGCAAGCAGCAUGUGUGCAGCAAGCAGCAUGUGUGCAGCAAGCAGCAUGUGUGCAGCAAGCAGCAUGUGUGCAGCAAGCAGCAUGUGUGCAGCAAGCAGCAUGUGUGCAGCAAGCAGCAUGUGUGCAGCAAGCAGCAUGUGUGCAGCAAGCAGCAUGUGUGCAGCAAGCAGCAUGUGUGCAGCAAGCAGCAUGUGUGCAGCAAGCAGCAUGUGUGCAGCAAGCAGCAUGUGUGCAGCAAGCAGCAUGUGUGCAGCAAGCAGCAUGUGUGCAGCAAGCAGCAUGUGUGCAGCAAGCAGCAUGUGUGCAGCAAGCAGCAUGUGUGCAGCAAGCAGCAUGUGUGCAGCAAGCAGCAUGUGUGCAGCAAGCAGCAUGUGUGCAGCAAGCAGCAUGUGUGCAGCAAGCAGCAUGUGUGCAGCAAGCAGCAUGUGUGCAGCAAGCAGCAUGUGUGCAGCAAGCAGCAUGUGUGCAGCAAGCAGCAUGUGUGCAGCAAGCAGCAUGUGUGCAGCAAGCAGCAUGUGUGCAGCAAGCAGCAUGUGUGCAGCAAGCAGCAUGUGUGCAGCAAGCAGCAUGUGUGCAGCAAGCAGCAUGUGUGCAGCAAGCAGCAUGUGUGCAGCAAGCAGCAUGUGUGCAGCAAGCAGCAUGUGUGCAGCAAGCAGCAUGUGUGCAGCAAGCAGCAUGUGUGCAGCAAGCAGCAUGUGUGCAGCAAGCAGCAUGUGUGCAGCAAGCAGCAUGUGUGCAGCAAGCAGCAUGUGUGCAGCAAGCAGCAUGUGUGCAGCAAGCAGCAUGUGUGCAGCAAGCAGCAUGUGUGCAGCAAGCAGCAUGUGUGCAGCAAGCAGCAUGUGUGCAGCAAGCAGCAUGUGUGCAGCAAGCAGCAUGUGUGCAGCAAGCAGCAUGUGUGCAGCAAGCAGCAUGUGUGCAGCAAGCAGCAUGUGUGCAGCAAGCAGCAUGUGUGCAGCAAGCAGCAUGUGUGCAGCAAGCAGCAUGUGUGCAGCAAGCAGCAUGUGUGCAGCAAGCAGCAUGUGUGCAGCAAGCAGCAUGUGUGCAGCAAGCAGCAUGUGUGCAGCAAGCAGCAUGUGUGCAGCAAGCAGCAUGUGUGCAGCAAGCAGCAUGUGUGCAGCAAGCAGCAUGUGUGCAGCAAGCAGCAUGUGUGCAGCAAGCAGCAUGUGUGCAGCAAGCAGCAUGUGUGCAGCAAGCAGCAUGUGUGCAGCAAGCAGCAUGUGUGCAGCAAGCAGCAUGUGUGCAGCAAGCAGCAUGUGUGCAGCAAGCAGCAUGUGUGCAGCAAGCAGCAUGUGUGCAGCAAGCAGCAUGUGUGCAGCAAGCAGCAUGUGUGCAGCAAGCAGCAUGUGUGCAGCAAGCAGCAUGUGUGCAGCAAGCAGCAUGUGUGCAGCAAGCAGCAUGUGUGCAGCAAGCAGCAUGUGUGCAGCAAGCAGCAUGUGUGCAGCAAGCAGCAUGUGUGCAGCAAGCAGCAUGUGUGCAGCAAGCAGCAUGUGUGCAGCAAGCAGCAUGUGUGCAGCAAGCAGCAUGUGUGCAGCAAGCAGCAUGUGUGCAGCAAGCAGCAUGUGUGCAGCAAGCAGCAUGUGUGCAGCAAGCAGCAUGUGUGCAGCAAGCAGCAUGUGUGCAGCAAGCAGCAUGUGUGCAGCAAGCAGCAUGUGUGCAGCAAGCAGCAUGUGUGCAGCAAGCAGCAUGUGUGCAGCAAGCAGCAUGUGUGCAGCAAGCAGCAUGUGUGCAGCAAGCAGCAUGUGUGCAGCAAGCAGCAUGUGUGCAGCAAGCAGCAUGUGUGCAGCAAGCAGCAUGUGUGCAGCAAGCAGCAUGUGUGCAGCAAGCAGCAUGUGUGCAGCAAGCAGCAUGUGUGCAGCAAGCAGCAUGUGUGCAGCAAGCAGCAUGUGUGCAGCAAGCAGCAUGUGUGCAGCAAGCAGCAUGUGUGCAGCAAGCAGCAUGUGUGCAGCAAGCAGCAUGUGUGCAGCAAGCAGCAUGUGUGCAGCAAGCAGCAUGUGUGCAGCAAGCAGCAUGUGUGCAGCAAGCAGCAUGUGUGCAGCAAGCAGCAUGUGUGCAGCAAGCAGCAUGUGUGCAGCAAGCAGCAUGUGUGCAGCAAGCAGCAUGUGUGCAGCAAGCAGCAUGUGUGCAGCAAGCAGCAUGUGUGCAGCAAGCAGCAUGUGUGCAGCAAGCAGCAUGUGUGCAGCAAGCAGCAUGUGUGCAGCAAGCAGCAUGUGUGCAGCAAGCAGCAUGUGUGCAGCAAGCAGCAUGUGUGCAGCAAGCAGCAUGUGUGCAGCAAGCAGCAUGUGUGCAGCAAGCAGCAUGUGUGCAGCAAGCAGCAUGUGUGCAGCAAGCAGCAUGUGUGCAGCAAGCAGCAUGUGUGCAGCAAGCAGCAUGUGUGCAGCAAGCAGCAUGUGUGCAGCAAGCAGCAUGUGUGCAGCAAGCAGCAUGUGUGCAGCAAGCAGCAUGUGUGCAGCAAGCAGCAUGUGUGCAGCAAGCAGCAUGUGUGCAGCAAGCAGCAUGUGUGCAGCAAGCAGCAUGUGUGCAGCAAGCAGCAUGUGUGCAGCAAGCAGCAUGUGUGCAGCAAGCAGCAUGUGUGCAGCAAGCAGCAUGUGUGCAGCAAGCAGCAUGUGUGCAGCAAGCAGCAUGUGUGCAGCAAGCAGCAUGUGUGCAGCAAGCAGCAUGUGUGCAGCAAGCAGCAUGUGUGCAGCAAGCAGCAUGUGUGCAGCAAGCAGCAUGUGGUGCAGCAAGCAGCAUGUGUGCAGCAAGCAGCAUGUGUGCAGCAAGCAGCAUGUGUGCAGCAAGCAGCAUGUGUGCAGCAAGCAGCAUGUGUGCAGCAAGCAGCAUGUGUGCAGCAAGCAGCAUGUGUGCAGCAAGCAGCAUGUGUGCAGCAAGCAGCAUGUGUGCAGCAAGCAGCAUGUGUGCAGCAAGCAGCAUGUGUGCAGCAAGCAGCAUGUGUGCAGCAAGCAGCAUGUGUGCAGCAAGCAGCAUGUGUGCAGCAAGCAGCAUGUGUGCAGCAAGCAGCAUGUGUGCAGCAAGCAGCAUGUGUGCAGCAAGCAGCAUGUGUGCAGCAAGCAGCAUGUGUGCAGCAAGCAGCAUGUGUGCAGCAAGCAGCAUGUGUGCAGCAAGCAGCAUGUGUGCAGCAAGCAGCAUGUGUGCAGCAAGCAGCAUGUGUGCAGCAAGCAGCAUGUGUGCAGCAAGCAGCAUGUGUGCAGCAAGCAGCAUGUGUGCAGCAAGCAGCAUGUGUGCAGCAAGCAGCAUGUGUGCAGCAAGCAGCAUGUGUGCAGCAAGCAGCAUGUGUGCAGCAAGCAGCAUGUGUGCAGCAAGCAGCAUGUGUGCAGCAAGGCAGCAUGUGUGCAGCAAGCAGCAUUGUGUGCAGCAAGCAGCAUGUGUGCAGCAAGCAGCAUGUGUGCAGCAAGCAGCAUGUGUGCAGCAAGCAGCAUGUGUGCAGCAAGCAGCAUGUGUGCAGCAAGCAGCAUGUGUGCAGCAAGCAGCAUGUGUGCAGCAAGCAGCAUGUGUGCAGCAAGCAGCAUGUGUGCAGCAAGCAGCAUGUGUGCAGCAAGCAGCAUGUGUGCAGCAAGCAGCAUGUGUGCAGCAAGCAGCAUGUGUGCAGCAAGCAGCAUGUGUGCAGCAAGCAGCAUGUGUGCAGCAAGCAGCAUGUGUGCAGCAAGCAGCAUGUGUGCAGCAAGCAGCAUGUGUGCAGCAAGCUCUCAUGGAAUAG